AUGGGAAGGUUCACAACCCCUGAUAAAAACUACCAACAUCACAAGCUAACCAUCACUCAGCAAAGCCAUGAGUUGAUCAAAGACAUUGCCACCUCCGACAUGAUGUACGACACUCGUCUUACUCACCAUCCAAAAAUUACGCAACUUUUCCAUGGCACUCGAAAGUCUUCUAUGGCAUCUUUCUAUCAGCACAGUAUCCAACCCAUUGCUUGUCGCAACGAAUUCUCCAAGGCUCCCACAUUCUACACUACCAAUGACCCACAACAAGCGUUUGAGCUCCCACUCCACAACCACCCAGGACUCCCACCUGACAGCCUGAUUGCUAUCUUUCAAUUCAACAUCCCAACCGCAGUCCUCCACGGGGAUCUCCCACCCUCAGAAGGUGAACACCCAUUUGAUGUGAAGCAAUACUUACCAAGCGACGACUUAGCAAGCUGGAGAACCUUUUGUGAUCAAAACAUGUCAAGAGAUCAUUGUGGCUUUAAUCAUGCCUAUGAUAUUGUUAUCGGUCCACUCUGCAUACCUUCCUCAGCACCUCUACAACCGUUUCAGAUCAAAACGACUCCAGUACCAACCACCCAAAUCGCAUUCUGCACCAAGAGGGCUGGUAGAUGGCUUGAACAAUAUGUUCAAAGGGUUUUUGUAGAGGAUGGUGGUGAGGAAUGA